GUUACGGGUGACAGUGAAUGUAACAGAACAACGAAUAGACAAAACACAUCAAGAUACCUUCACAAAAUGUCAAUACCUGAUAACAAAUGUAAGACUUUGUAGUCUCGAUAUUCUCUGUCCAAUCUCCAGGAUAUCCCGCCAAGUAUGAAGGGGGUUCUUCGGGUCUUGCCGAGAGCGUCACCAUCACAUACUCGUAUCCCCAACUUCCAUGUCUUCGACAAGCUUCAAUUACAGCAAUCACAACCUGGUCGAUUCUCUCCUCAAUUCUCCCCUCUUUCACAUCGAGCCUUCUCAUCAGGAAGAGUACUUUUCGAGAAAACAAAAAGUACCAAGGAAGCCAAAGACUUAAGCAAGAAAGGCUUAGAAGAGAAUGUCGAGGGGCAGGGUCAGGGUCAAGACAAAACCGACGAUAGCUUCAACCACCAAAUCGACAAUGCCAUCAACGAAGAAAAGGAGCUCCAGGCAAGGACGCCAUGGCAUAGAGAAGGAGCAGAUCAGCCCCCCGUAAGAAGGGAUCGCAGUGCCGGUGCAAUGACAAAAGGUUAGUUCACCCUUUCACUUCGCUACAAAUAACCUCCCCCCUUCAAGCUCGUCUAACAACGUUCGGUACACCUAUAGGCAAACUCCUGACCACUCCCUCACGCCUCUUAAAACUAAUUCUCCCCCUUACAACCCUCGACAAAAACUCGGACAGGAAAUCCAUCGAACCACUCGCCCUACUCGUGCACCCCCAACAACCCCUCUCCUACCUGGAACGCCUCAUUCAAUCCGAGCUGCCCAUGAUCCGCGGAAAAGACGGCAAGGAGAAAAUCCCAGAUGUGUAUUUCCGCGCAGAAGACAGUGCAGAAGAUGAGAUCAAGCCCGAUCGUCGGCAAGAUAGUGAAGCAGACGAGGAAGGUACGGAUGAGCAACUGGUUGACGGAAAAGUCAUGAAGCUCGGCAAGAUCAAGGAGAAGAAUGCCUCCAAGAAGUCCUCGAUAAAAGACAAACGUGUAGAAAUGCGGACAGGACUGAGAGGUGGGCCUGGAGAAGGCGGGGUAGAAUCAUAUUCUGGACAAGGGAGGGAGGGGGAAGCCGCUGAAAAAGACCCAAAGUUUGUGCGGUGGUCCUCGUCUACGGAAAUAGGAGAUUUCAUUCGGGAUGCUGCACGAGGGGCGGAAUUCGCAGUAGAAAUUGAGGGCGCCUCAAAAGAGAUAAGAGUUGGGGUUCCGUCGUUUAAUGAUCGGACGCAUUACUUGCGAGUCCGUCUGCGGAAAACAUCCCGGAAGCUUGCGGAUCUGGCGAGUGUGAAGAAGGAAUGUGAUCACCUUGCACACAAGAGUGCGCAGAGACUGGCUACGGGUGGAUUUGGGGUUUUGGCCGCGUGGUGGGGAGGGUGUUAUUACUUUACUUUUCAGACGAAUUAUGGUUGGGUAAGUUGGACUACACCACACAUUUCAAAAUGAUCAUACAAUUUUUCGGCAAGAAACAAGCUAAAUAUGUUAAUCUGACAGGAUACUAUGGAACCAAUAACCUACCUAGCAGGUCUCUCAACCAUCAUGCUCGGCUACCUCUGGUUCCUCUACCACAACCGAGAAGUCUCCUAUCGGUCGGCUCUCAACCUGACCGUUUCCCGGCGUCAAAACACUCUCUACCAAGCCCGUGGCUUCGAUCUGCAAAAAUGGGAAUCCAUGAUCGAAGAAGCAAAUUCGCUACGCAAGGAGAUCAAGAUCAUCGCUGAUGAGUACGAUGUCGAGUGGAAUGAACGAGAAGACGAGGGAAGCGAGGUGGUUCAUGAUGCGUUGAAGGAAGAACGUGAUAAAGAUAAGAAAGGGAAGAGUGAGGAUGAUCAGAAAGAUGAUGAUACUAAGAAGGGGAAGGAGAAGAGUUCGAAGGAUGAUGAUUGAGUUAUUAUGACCUGAGAGGGUUCGGUGCAUAGCUGGGAGUUUUUAGUUCGGAUUCGGAUACCCGGGGAUAGAUUGCGAAGAAUAUAAUACAUGGUUAUGAAGAAUUCUAAGCGUGGAUAC